GGCUCCAAUUGGCGCUCCGAGAAGGCAGCGGGGUCGCGCCGCGCGUUCUCGCCAGGCUCGCGUUGAGCCCGGAGUUGGGGGGUGGGAAAGGAUCCACUCCAGAGGCAGGCGGACUGUGAACGGGGGAGCUUUCCCGGCGGAAACAACUCCCACACUGGAGGCACCUUUUCAAAAAUGACAGCGGGGAGAACGGAAUGAGACUUGCUGCACUGGACAUUUAUUUCCCAAAGAAAUAAAAAGGCCAUUUUGGGGAUUUGGAGUAUACCCACGUAAUUUGCUUUCCAUUUCUUUCUUGUAAAGACAGACGCACGGUUAUGGGGGGAUUUACGUCUGGAUUGUGCAGCACGGGAUAGAAGAUCUGAAAAGCAAGGAGAGACCUCUAUGAAGAGGAGCUGCAAAACUGUUUCUCAUCCUUUCCAAGCUGCCAGAGUCCAGUAUAUCAGCCCAUGAUUAGCCUUCCUGUGGCUAGACUGCACGUCUAAGCUAAAGAACAGGAAAGUUGUAUGUUGGUCACUUGCACUCGCUCUCGAGGACCAUGUGGUAUUCACCGAGGAGAAGUCGUACCCUUUUGCAGAACUGGAAUGGACCCCACAGUUGCCCCAGUAUCAUUUUGUAUUUGUGGGUAUUAACAUUUUCCUGGUGCUUUGCGGCAGUGAGAGGCCAAAGCUACCACCCCACUGUCAACACACAGUAUGGCAAACUCCGAGGAGUGAGGGUGCCUCUGCCCAGUGAGAUCCUCGGCCCGGUGGACCAAUAUCUCGGGGUGCCAUACGCUACCUCCCCUGUAGGGGAAAAACGCUUCAUGCCCCCUGAACCUCCAUCCUCCUGGUCAGGGAUCAAAAACGCCACCCACUUUUCUCCAGUUUGCCCCCAAAAUAUUCACAACGCCGUACCAGAGAUCAUGAUGCCCAUAUGGUUCACCUACAACCUGGAUAUAGUUACCACUUACAUACAGGAUCAACACGAGGAUUGUCUUUAUCUUAACAUCUAUGUUCCGACAGAGGAUGUCAAAAGAAUAUCCAAGGAAUGUGCCAGGAAACCCAACAAGAAAAUGUGUAGAAAAGGAGGGGCCCAUGCAAAAAAACAGGGUGAGGAUUUAUCGGAUAACGACGGUGAUGAAGACGAAGACAUACGAGACACCGGGGCCAAGCCUGUGAUGGUCUACAUCCACGGGGGAUCCUACAUGGAGGGGACGGGCAACAUGAUUGAUGGCAGCGUCCUGGCGAGCUACGGGAAUGUCAUCGUUAUCACCCUCAACUACCGUGUUGGAGUUCUUGGCUUCCUCAGUACUGGGGACCAGGCUGCUAAAGGGAACUACGGGCUGCUGGAUCAGAUCCAGGCUUUAAGGUGGAUCAGUGAGAACAUCGGCUUCUUUGGAGGAGAUUCUAACCGUAUCACUGUGUUCGGUUCUGGCAUCGGAGCUUCCUGCGUCAGUCUGCUAACCCUUUCCCACCACUCUGAAGGCCUCUUCCACCGAGCCAUCAUUCAGAGCGGCUCAGCGCUGUCCAGCUGGGCGGUGAAUUACCAGCCGGUCAAGUAUACACGUCUUCUGGCGGAGAAGGUGGGGUGUAACGUCUUGGACACAUUAGACAUGGUGGACUGUCUGAGGAAGAAGAGCUCCAGGGAGCUUGUGGAGCAGGACAUACAACCCGCAAGGUACCACGUGUCUUUUGGACCUGUAAUCGAUGGCGACGUCAUUCCAGAUGACCCUGAGAUCCUUAUGGAGCAGGGUGAGUUCCUCAACUAUGAUAUAAUGCUGGGGGUCAACCAAGGCGAGGGGCUGCGCUUUGUGGAGAAUGUGGUGGACUCCGAGGACGGUGUCUCUGGAAAUGACUUUGACUUCUCUGUGUCUGACUUUGUGGACAGUCUGUACGGAUACCCGGAGGGUAAAGACACUCUGAGAGAGACCAUUAAAUUCAUGUACACAGACUGGGCAGACAAGGAAAAUCCAGAAACCAGGCGCAAAACGUUGGUGGCUCUGUUCACCGACCACCAGUGGGUGGAGCCCUCUGUUGUAACGGCAGAUCUCCAUGCUCGCUAUGGCUCACCCACCUACUUUUAUGCCUUCUACCACCACUGCCAGAGUCUCAUGAAGCCUGCCUGGUCAGAUGCCGCCCACGGGGAUGAGGUGCCGUAUGUUUUUGGAAUUCCAAUGAUCGGUCCAACUGACCUUUUCCCCUGCAACUUCUCAAAGAACGAUGUCAUGCUCAGUGCUGUGGUAAUGACCUACUGGACCAACUUUGCCAAGACUGGGGAUCCCAACAAACCCGUUCCCCAGGACACAAAGUUCAUCCACACCAAGGCCAACCGCUUUGAGGAAGUUGCAUGGUCCAAGUACAACCCCCAGGACCAGUUGUACCUUCACAUCGGCCUCAAGCCACGGGUCCGCGACCACUACCGAGCCACCAAAGUGGCCUUCUGGAAGCACCUUGUGCCCCAUCUGUACAAUCUUCACGACAUGUUCCACUACACCUCCACCACAACCAAAGUGCCCCCGCCAGAUACAACGCAGAACACCCUGUCCACCAAGAGGCCCAACGGUAAGACCACCUGGCCCUUUAACACCAAGCGGCCCCCCAUGUCGCCGGCCUACAACAGCGAAGACAAAGACUCUUGGAGCGACGACAAGGAGUCUGGGCCUCUAGUGGUGGAGAACCCGCGGGAUUACUCGACAGAGCUCAGUGUCACCAUCGCGGUGGGGGCCUCUCUGCUCUUCCUCAAUGUACUAGCAUUUGCAGCCCUCUACUACCGCAAGGACAAGCGGCGGCAGGAGUCGAGCCACGGUCAGCCCAGCCCGCAGCGCCAGAGCACCUCCAACGACAUUGGGCACCACGCGCCCGAGGAGGAGAUCAUGUCGCUGCAGAUGAACCAGACGCACCACGAGUGCGAGGCGGGGAACAGCAACGAGGGGGCGCUGCGCUUGGCCUCGCUACCCGAUUACACGCUCACUCUGCGGCGCUCUCCGGACGACAUUCCCCUCAUGACGCCCAACACCAUUACCAUGAUCCCUAAUUCCCUGGUGGGCAUGCCCAACCUGCACCCUUACAACACCUUCACAACAGGUUUCAACUCCACCGGCCUGCCGCAUUCCCACUCGACCACGCGCGUAUAGCUUUAAGGAGGCCAGAUGAGGAGGUGGAUAGGCAGCGAUGCUGAUGGAGGAGAAGCAAAUGAUUCAACAUAACGGAGCGGAGGAUUGUGUUUUAUAAAUACCACAGAGAUGGGGGAAGGGCAGAUUAAAACGUGAAGAGAUUUAACGAGACUUUUUCUAUGGGGACAGUCGCUGAGAGCUCUCUACGGAUGUGAAGUUGUGCAGAGCUGCCAAAAUCAAACUGCUUUCCUUCUCCUCAUCAGGGGAGGGAUUGUUUUUUUUUCUUGCGUUGUGUCCUUUUUUUUUUUUUUUUUUUCUAAAAAUCAUCAUUUAAAAAGCCUUUUAAGUGGACUAAGAAGAUAGCCACUGAUUUUGUUUCUUGAAUUCAUAACAAAAACAAACUAAAGUGCUUUUUAAUUUCCCAAUCCUCCUUCCUCCUGGAUACUCGCAUCUUGUUUUUAAUUGCUUCUUUCUUUUGUUUUCAAUGCCUUACAAAGCUUGUUCUUUUUUGUCAUUAUUUCUGCUCCAACACACUAUACCGAGAGGAGUGUGACAGAAAGACUGACUUCAGGAUGGGAAAUUAGCGGAUAUGCAGAUGUAGAGAUUUUAAAUCCCGUUUUGGGAAACUUUUUGGUUGGUUUUUGCUCCCGUUUGCUACACAACAUGAAUGGUUUCAUCUUUAUUGGGUUAGUUUGCAUAGAAGGGUUUGCCAAUGACAGCUCUGGCUUGGGGACAAAUGCUUUGUUACUGUGAUUGUUUUUGUUAAGAAGUGCAUCUUUUACAGCCAAUUUACCUGUUAAGCUAUCUGAUCAGAUUUCAACCAAGUGUGCACGUACACAUGCUGCUUGUGUGCUGUGUACCAUGAGUGUUCCACGAGGAACAUGAGAGGUGAGUGAGUGAACAUGUGAGUGUACGCGUGCGUCUACUUUUUCAUUUUUAGUAGGUUGUGCAGUGUGCUUUUGGGGUGGGGGGGGAUCAAGGCAGAAUACUUUUUCCAUGUUGUUGAUUUUGGUUGAUCACAAGUCGUGUUUCUGCUGCGUCUCUUGGUGUCUGUCUUUGCGAAAUAGCACUAUUGAUAUUUUUUUUUUCAAAGUUAUAUAUGUCUAAUUUUGCUUAAAGAUGAUAAAAUAAAUCUAUUAUUUUACAUGUAAGAGAAAAAGAUAGCUUAAAGAAGCAACUGAACUAACUGGCGUGUGGACUUUGUAAGAUUCUCUUCAAGAGCAGCAGACAGUGGCCUGUUUGCACUGAGAGAACCUACAUCAGUGCACACUUGUACGUAUUUCUUUCAAUAUAUAUAUAAAUAUGGGCAUACAUACAUAUAUGUAUAGGGCUUCUAUGGCGAAACCGAUCCCACUUACAAAAAAUAUAUAUAAAAGCACCAACACAAAUGAUUCCAAGAUGACCAUCCCUAGCCAACAACACUCAAGGUGUCUUUGUAAGAGCUCUAUAUGUAUAUUUAUGUAUGAAAUAUUUAAUAUUUAUUUAUGUAUACCAGAUGCAUACAUGCUGAUUGUGCCAUGUACCAAAU